AGGCGGAAGACUCGCACGGCUUUAUUACACGGGCACGCAAAUACACCCAUCACCUCUCUCUCUCUCUCUCGCACAUACAAACACGCACACACACUAAUCCAACGAAACCAGUUUAUACAUUUGAUCUGAAUCAAAGAAUUCAUCGCGUAUGCAGAAACACAUACAUUGUCUGCGUAACUAUAUCUAUCUAUCUUUGAUUUGGGGUGAAAAGGAAGAGAGAGGGUGGUGGCCAUGUCGUGGAUUAAGUCCGCGGUGAACAAAGCCGUCGAAGUGGGCGGCAAUAGCAACCUCACUCGCACCGUCCGUAAUUACGCCGACUCCGUCGUCUUUCAAGCCGGUCAAGUCGUCGUCGAGGGCGCCAAAAUUUUGCAAGAUCGCAUCGCGGCUCGAAAUCUCAAAAGCUUUAAGCCUGCCGUAAAAAGAUUAGAGGAGGUUUCUGUUUCUUGUAGGGGAGUUGAAAGAGUUCAGCUACUGAGAAGGUGGUUAGUUGCACUUAAAGAAGUUGAAAGAAUAACUGCAGAUUCUGCUGAUAUUAGUGGAAAGAACUCUGAACAGCUUCAUACAUCUGAUGAAGCCAAAGAUUCGCCGAGAAAGCCUACUUUGGUUUUGUACUAUGACUCUGAUAUUGGUCUAGAACCCAUGAAUUUCUUUGAUGUCUUUCUUCAUAGUCAAGCUCUUGAAGGGAUGACACUGUCUAUGAUUCUUGAAGGUCCAACGGAGGAGGAAGCUUCUCUACUUCUGGAGAUAUUUGGGCUUUGUCUCACUGGUGGAAAGGAAGUUCUUGAUGCAACAAUGGGCAGCAUACAAAAUCUCGCGAAAGCUUUCUCAAGUUAUGAGGAGGAAGUGCUGGUUAAGCGGGAAGAGCUGCUUCAAUAUGCUCAAGAUGCAAUUGCAGGCCUGAAACUAAAUGCUGAUAUUGCAAGAAUAGAUUCUGAAGUCUCCAAUAUACACAAAAAACUAGAUGCAUUGAAGUCCAACAAGCUACGGUGUGAAGAUCAUGGCAUUUCAUCUGAAGAAGCAACUGUUGGAUCAGUAGAGGCUCUGAAAGAAGCCUCAGCACAAGUUUCCCUCUGUUCCAGGUUGGAGGAACUUUUACUGAAGAAGAAACUCUUGAACAAUGGAGAUUCUCCAGAUCUUCAUGCUCAAAAGGUUGAUAAAUUAAAAGUUUUAGCUGAAUCUCUUGCUAAUUCUGCCUCUAAAGCUGAAAAGCGCAUCUCAGACCACAGAUUACAUAAAGAAGAAGCCCUUCACUUUCGCGUUACCAAAACUGGCGAAGUUAGCCAAAUUGAGAAGGAAUUGAUAGCCGAGAUUGGAGUGCUUGAAAAGCAAAGAGAUGAACUUGAAGCUGAAUUAAGAAAGGUUACUACCUCAAUAACUGCUGCACGAGCACGUCUUCAUAAUGCCAGAGAAGAAAGAGAGCAGUUUGACGAAGCAAGCAAUCAGAUUCUUGAACACUUGAAGACAAAGGAAGAUGAGCUGUCGAGGUCAACUGCUUGUUAUAGAGCGGAAGCAGAUGUUUGCAAUGCAUUCGUUAAUUUUCUGGAAGAGAUCUGGGUGUCCCAGUCCAAAUAUACAGAACAAAAGGAGAAGCUGGUCAAUGAUGAACUGGAGAGAAACAGAGACUAUUUUGUGAAGUUGGCUGUUCGUCUCUUAUCUGCUUUUAAGGAUGAGUUGGGCUCUUCUAUCACCACUUUUGCAGAGCUUGUGAAGAACUUGAAUUCAAGUCGAAGGUCACAAUUAGCAGCUUGUUUGGAUGAUGAAAAUUCACAAGCAGUAAACCCAAGAACAAAACUUGAAGAAGAAUAUCUUGAUUCUGAAGCCAAGUUUAUCGCCAUAUUCAGUGUAGUGGAAAGCAUAAAAAAGCAGUUCUUCCCUAAAAAUGAAGAAAUUUCCAGGCAUGAUAAUCAAAUGGUUGAAGAGUUACUUAAUCAUCUUGAGAAAAUCAAAGAUGAAUUUGAAUCGAUUGAGAGACCAGAACUGGACAUUGAAAGUCCCACCCGAAGUGCAAAUGCUACAUCAAUAGAGAAUUCCAAGAGUAGUCCAUUUUCUGUUCCCGAAGAGGCCUCAACUGAGGAAGUUGAAUCCAUUCAGAGACCAAAUUCGGAAACUCAGAAUCCAACCAAAACAGUAGAAACGCCAUCGAAAGAAAGGGCUCCUGAGACAUUGGAACGCAAACUCUCAGAAUCUCCUAAGAUCAUGGGAGUCAAGACGUCAGACCCUGGGGCAAAACUUUUGGAGCUGAAAUUGGAAUUGGAGAGAGAAAGCAAAGAGGACUCAACAGAAGAGAUUGGGGGAUGGGAAUUCGAUGAGCUUGAGAAAGACCUGGAAACCAGUGACCUACCGAGAAAAUAGCCCGAACAUGCUUCUCAGAGUUUCGGAUUCAAGAACACAAAAUCUUUAUGUAGUUUUUCCACCAAAUUUUGGAAAAUGGAACUGGUAGAGCUUUGAUACAUAUGAAUUUCCUGAAUGUAACAUUGACCAAUGAAACAGUACUUGGUCUGGGUUAUUUAUUUAUUUAUUUAUUUUUUGGGGUUGGCCACCCAGCCCAGACACAAGGCUUUGUAAUCCAAUUUGAAGGGAAAUACAACUUUGCUCAAUUAAACUCCAUAUGAA